UUGGCAAUGGCAGAUUGGCAGCCAUGUUUGCCUUUGCGUAGAAUUUGAUUUGAAUAUAAUCGCUUGUCAAAGCUGAAAAGUGACGCCAUUAUUGUUUUAAUAUAUUUAGAAAUUGUAUUGAGAAUAUUUUCAUUUUCUACGUAUGCAUAAAAGUGAAGUAGCUGGUUUUUUACUUUUAAAAGGAAUGGUUUUCUUCGUAAACAUCUGAGGUUAUCGGUAGGCUAUGUGUGGUGGUCGUCUGGUCCUGCUGAACCAACGCGGGCACGACGUAAAGACAUAUCCGCUGGCCGACGGUCUGGCCACCAUCGGCAGUGACCGUGGCUGCGACAUCCGCCUGCUGCUGCCAAACGUCAGCCCGCACCAUGCCACCGUCGUGGUUCAUGCCAACCAGACGGUGGUGAGCAGCAUCACGGUGGGAGAGACGCUAGUGAACGGAGUGGGGGUGAGCGUGUGCGCGCUGCAGCACGGGGACGUGCUGGCGGUGGGCGGCCGCAGUCUGCGCUGGGAGUACGACCGGCCCGUGGGAGCCUCCGCACCCGGGGCCAGCAUGCUACCGGCACUGCCGAGCGUCGUCGGAAAGAAGCGGACACGGAGCGGACGUCAGCCGCUGAAGGACACGCGCGCGACCAUGCCCGCCUCAACAUCAUCCAGGCAAGUAGCUAUAGUGCAGCCGCAGAGGCGGCAGACUACCAAUGAACAAUACGUUUCAGAGUUGACCUCAGUGGCUGCCAACAGCCCCAACCGUGCGCGCAGCACCAGACACGGAGCCGUGGAGUCUGCAGCCGAAGAAGCUGAUACCAGCAGGCAACCAGCGGCGCGCUCUAGUCCAAAGAACGUCGGUCUCAAUGAUGCUACCAAGGCGAGCUUGUGGAUAGAAUCACGGAAGACGCCUCGCUCUGCGCCUCGCGCCUUGCCUCGCGCCUUGCCUCGCGCCUUGCCUCGCUCCGAGCCUCGCGCCUUGCCUCGCGCCUUGCCUCGCUCCGAGCCUCGUGUUAAGAAGAGCACUUCACUGAGACUCGCCUUGCUGAGGAAGGCGCAGAGUGCGCACAAGAUGAGAGUCACCAAGAUACAGGAUCCGUCUAAGAUAGACCACACAAAGCAAGCGGCGAUCAUGCGGAUGACCGGAGGUCACACACACAAAGCCAGGCCUUCCUUCGUUGUGAAGAGACCCAGCCCGGUGAGGCCUAAAAGCAGAGGGAACAUCUCUGGAGUGAGUCCUCUAGGAGUGACGCCUAAGAGGUCCAGCCCACGAGGUGCUGUCAAGGAUUUGGAAAACGGGUCUGGGGACGCAAGCUCAUCAAUUAUACAAUCGCCCAUCCUAUCUAAGCCGACGAAAUCUGCGCUUAAGAAGUCCAGUAUCAAAAAGACUGCAAGAAAAACGGAAUCAAUAAAAUUCGAUUUGAGCAACUUGGAGCCAGAAGACAGACCAUCUGACGUCAUACUUCUAGAAACAACCGGAAGCAGCUCCAAGGCAGUCGCUCCAGACGAAGACAUCGUUCUGCGUUACUCGGACUCCUCGCGAUCUCCAUCGCCCAGACCUAUGCUCUCCAGAAGUAGCAGGAUUAUGGAGAAAUCUCUCGGAGAAACCUACGUACAUAGUCCGUCAAAGAGGAGUAUCUCAUAUCAGCGAUCGCCUCGGCGCACUAAAUCCCCAAAUCAGUCCCAACCAGAAUCACCUCGCCACAGAAAAUCUUCGCGAGGAAGUUUCAUAGUUGAUAAAGCUCUGGAAAGCUUCGAUAAUUCGGAACGUUCCCGCCGGACGACAAAGUCUUUCACAGAUCAAAGUUAUACCUCCUUAGUUUCAACCCGUAAAACAGCAUCGCUUAGUCCACACCAGAAUCUGGAAUCGUUUUCCAUUGUAGAUUUGGUAUCGAUGGACUCUUCGGUUGGGUCUGACAGGUCGGUGUACGGCUCCGCUGGUUCCGAGGCCAGCACCGCGGCUUUCGCCACGCCCAGAACGGGCAGAAGUACCAGAGUUGAUGUUUCAUCUCUUCUCACUUCUAGCACUCCUUAUGCUGACAAAUCACAGGCUCCGAAUCCAUCGCCAAACUCUCGAACGAGAAACUCGUCACAAAGUUCCAUUCGUUCUAGAAACUCUACUGUCACUAAGAGGAGGUCAGCCUCGCUGACCACCCCGGAGAACAGUCAGACAGGAAUAUCUAUAAACAGUACCAGAGUGUCCAGAGUUUCGCGCAGUAGAUCGCGCAUUAAUGACAGUGUGUUGUCUAUGGACGAUGACGACCCGUCACCUAAAUCCUCCAGGAGGAUUAGCAAAGCGAGUUUAGCGAGUCCCUUAUCCCGAAAGGCCAUCACCAUAACCGAUACUCCUGAUACAGGAAACGGUAUUAAUACACCUGAAAAUAGACAAAGCCCCGAAGAAGCUACUACGCCGGUGUUGAGCAUUCAGAAUUUACUGGAGCGGAGUUUGAGCCAGAGUUCCAUGUCAUCCCAAACUUCGCAAAGUAAAUCUAUCGGAGGCACUAGUCGACAAUCCAUUAAAACUAGAUCGAGUAUAAAAUCCAGUUCGCUCACAGAAACCGCUAGAAGAUCGUUGAGAGCUCAAAAAACAUCCGUUAAACCUUCAGAUGCUUCUCAAACUUUGUCUCAAGACGAAGAAAUAACGACUCCUAAAAGUGGCGUCAAACUGAUCCAAGAGGCAGUUAAAAAUAAACAUUCGUCUGCCAAAAAACCACAAUCCAAGCGCUCUAUUAUAGAUAAUCUUGACGACGACGAAUCCGAUUUUGUAAAGCAGUUAUUCAAUAGUCCGGUAAAAAGGAAACUGUCCCGAAGCAUGACGGAAUUUUCACGAACAAAAUUAUUUGAAGACGACCACGUCGCUGCACCGACGGAUGCCAUGGCCGCCACGGACAGGACUCCGGACAACACUAUCAUGGAACACACAGAAGCGUUCACCCCAGACGUGUUUGUCAGUCCAUUGAUCACGCCCGAAAACAGCCCGAACCUCACUAGUCUGAAACGAUUAUUCCAAAAAUCGCCAGAAAAUAAUCCCCGUGCUAGAAGAUCUAUAAGAAAUGAUUUAACCGAUGUAGAGGGAGUGAAGCGAAUGUUUGGACGAUCACCGAGAAAUAGUUUGAGUGACGUCAGAGUGAAAGAAAUGUUCGCUCGGUCCCCAAAGAAUGAUUUGAAACGCGUAUCGGGAGUGAAAUCUUUGUUUCGCUCGGCGAGAAAACAAAAAUCGCCAAAAAAUACAUUAGAAGACGUUAACGGUGUUAAAGCUCUGUUUAAAAAUAGUGGUUCCAACGAUUUGCGGAACGUUUCGGGCUUGAGGAGUGUUUUACGUGUCAGAUCACCUAGAAACAAGCUCUCUGAUGUUAGGGGAGUGAAAGAACUGUACAGAGAACCUGUCGAUCGGAAUAACCUGAGCGACCUCAGCGGGGUAGAAGAACUAUUCCAUAAAACGGAUGAUUUAGAUUCCACAUUCGACCAGUUGAUUGGCAAACCACCAAUAAGGUCGUACACUAAAUCGAAAAGCUUCACGAAAGUGGCCAAACCGAAACGUAAGCGAAACGCAAAAUCGUUACACGACUCUAUAAGUCUUAUAAGUGAAAACGUAGAGGAAUGGUUGGAGAAAGAGCUUCAGAAGUGCGUGCACAAAGACGACAGAAAGUCGAAUUUGACUCGGGAACUACAGAAGUUAACGACUGACACGGUAGAAGGAAGCGCCCCCCUACUGAUCGGUCGAUCUCGCAACGGAACAAUGACCAGAAGUAUCAACGUAGAAGACAGUCAAAGAGAGAACAACAGCACCCACACAGUGCCUAUCAAAAAACGGUCGCUAGUUGAAGCGCUGAGACGGAGCAAUGUACAGAGAUUGCCAAUCAAAAAGAGAGUAGUCCUGCAUUCGACUCCUGUGAAGGGUAAACUGAAUGUCACCAUGAACGCCUCUGAACUUGGUCGCGUGUCACCUAUAGCCAACGUUACCGCAGUGUUAUCGCAAAGAGAACUUUUAAAAUCGAUCAGGGAUGAAGAUCAAACUAAAGUACAGAGAAAAUUAUCACACAAAGAACCUACGCCUAGGAAAUCAUUGCCAAAAACAUCACUUCGCGCUUCGCGUACUAACACCAGAAAUAAAAAUCGUGCGUCAUUAGUGAUAUCAAAGAAAAAACCCAUUUUAAGUCCCAAAACUUCAAAAGUUGACGACAAAAAUGAAGAAAAUCCAAUAAAAACUCGAUCCGUACGACAGACAACAGCUAAAGGAACUUCAACUCCUAGAAAAACUAGAUUCACUAAGACAACAAAUCAGACUGAAACUACAAAAAGACAGUCCCUAAAACAAGAUUUACCCAGAACACCAAAAAAUACCAGGGCCAAAGCUAAAAGAAAUUCUGUAGUUAUUGCAAAACCGUCUACACAAUUGAAACCUAAACAACAGAAUAUUAGUCCCCAGAGUAAUGACAUACCAGAAGUUGAGAAAACAGUUAAACCGCGUCGCAAUCAAAAAGUAGAAACUGUACCAGAAUCAAAUACAGAAGAAAAACAAUCUCGCCGAACAAGGAAUGCAAGGAACGAACCGACUACAACUGUACAAAAACCCAAAGGAAAAACUGUCAAACAAAACGUUACUGAAGGAGUACCAAAAACAUUACCCAAUAGACGAGGCAGGAAUGUUACAUUUGAUACUGCAGCUGUACCUGCUACGAACAGACGGCAAGCACCAACAAAAUCUGAGAGCACAGAAAACACAAGAAAGAAAAAUUCAGAACCAGUAGCUACAACAUCAAAAGAAACUGCAACACGCCGAGGAUUAAAAAGAAAAGUAACUUUCCAAGAAGAAACACUACCCCCCAGAAGAGGCAAAAAUGUGCAGAGUGAAGAUAAAGCUACCAAUGAGAACAAAGGUAAGAAGAGUAAACCAGAAGCCACAGCUAAAAAGGGGAAGAAAACUGCAGAAGAUACAGUAAAAGGAGGCGAAACAAGUGGGGCACAAAAAGAGAAAGAAAGAGUUGGCGGAAGAACUAGGAACAAGCAAAAUAGUAGAGAAACUGUUGAAAAAAAGAAGAUUGAAGUUUCGACUCAAGCUGAUUCUUCUAGGGGGAGAAGAAAUAGAAAUGCAACAGUGAAUGAACCUCCAGUUGAAAAUGAUAAAGGGAAAAAGGUGGCUGCGCCUGCGAAGGAUGUCCCUAAACGCGGCGGUCGCCCCAAGAAAGCUGUUGUUGAAGCAACAACAAGUAACACAACAACAAGACAACAAGUAAAACAAACAAGUACAGAAGUGGCGCCCGAGCAAAACACGAAACCUACGCGCAGAAAGGGAAAAGUUGAUACUGCCGGAGCGGCCGCCAUAGAAGUGGCGCCCGAACAAAAUACGAAAAAUACGCGCAGAAAGCGAAAAGCUGAUACUGCCGAGGCGGUCGCUAUAGAAACGCCCCCUAAAAGAGCUCGAGCGACGCGCGCCGCCGUCGCACUUGUGGAGCCACCGGUAGAGCGUCGCACGCGCAGAAGAUAACAGUGAAAAAGAAAUCUGCGAAUACAGUACAAACUACUAGGUACAUAAGAAACGCAGCAUUCGAAAACAAUUUGGACGUCUGCAUUUAGUUUUGUUAUUAUUAUUAUUUAAUUUUUUUGAUUUCCUUUGACAGGAGUAGUAAUGUUUGAACAGGAUUUAUGUUUCAGAUUAAAAUAAUUACUAUUGUUCUUAAAAUAACAUAUAAAAUAUACAAUCGAAUUAAAAAACUUCCUUCAUUUUCGAAGUCGGUAAAUAUAAUUUACUUACUAGUUUUUGACGGCUUUGACUUGAUUUACAAGACGGAGGUCCUGGGUUCGAUCCCCGGCUGGGCCGCUGGCACUUGAGGUUUUCUUAAUUGGUCCAGGUGUAACUUUUGGGAGGCUUCGGCCUUGGCUAGUUACCACCCUACCGACAAAAUAGGAAAAAGGGGUGUGGAUUUUCAUCCUCCUCCCAACAAGUUAGCCCGCUUCCAUCUUAGAUUGCAUCAUCACUUACCAUCAGGUGAGGUUGUAGUCAAGGGCUAACUUGUAAAGAAUUAAAAAAAAAAAUUGUUCUUUAUUUCCUUUUUCCUCUACAAUCUAAUUUCUGUUCACUUCAAUGUAUACUAACAUUGAUAUAUUUGUAAUUUACGCUAGUUUUAGUACAAAUUAGGAAUUCGAGGUGUAAUUUUGUUUUUUGUUUAGUAUGAAGUCUCGCUUUAGUGAGUUUCUUUGUGUGUAGGAGUUGCCGCGAGAUAAUUGUCUACGUUUGUCUCAGUAAAAAUCGCUAUACAGGGUGCUCGGGGAGUAUUUCCCAUAACAUCAAGGUGGACAUCAAGACUCAUCAGAUACAAGAAGGUAAGUGGACUUGUAAACAUCAAGGUAUUUACAAAUCCAUUUAUAGAAAUCGUACUGUAAAACUAUUUUUCAACUAAAAUGAUUUUUUUAAGUUUUCAUACAAAGUAAUUCAAAUAAUUCCAAUUAUCCAUGUAACACUCGCCUUUAUCUAUCCUUGCAUCUUAAAAUACGUAAUCGUAGUGGUAACUGUCGAUAUCGACGAGAUAUUGCAACUGGCACUUCAUUAGUAAGCUGCUUCAUGAUAGUUAUCAAUUAAUAAGUUUGGCUAGGUAUUAAUAUAAGGAUGCGAUUUUAAGAUCUUUUUAAAAAAGAAAUAUUUUUAUACUCUGAAAGUAUUAAUUUUAGAACACCUGUUCCUUGGACAUUUUUCAUUAUUUUUUCUUAAAGAAUAUAACCCUAGAGUUAUGGGAAAUACUCCCGAGCACCCUGUAUCUCUUCACUGGUCGCAGUAGGAAGGAAAAGACAAAGUUGACCAAUAGCGGCAGAACCGAUUUCUUUUCGUUGCGAUAGGACGAAAGAGCGAUAUUUCCGUAGAGAAUAUUCCUCCGCCUUUUUUUAUAAAAGACAUUUUUUUCCAUACUGCUAUCCUCCUUUUCAACUGAACAAUUAUUUGAUGUAAAUUUCUAUUUUCUAUACACAACAAUGCUAUAAUUUAAAUUAGCUUAUAGAAAAUGUUGAUUAUAAGAAUUGAAACCGAUUAUAAUUUAGAUUGAUUUGUAUUGUGCUAAAUAGUUUAAUUAUUUUUAAUAUGUUUGUCACGGACAUAUUAAUAAAUGAUAAACACAAUUGUCUCGAUUGGGUAAAUUUAAAAUGUUGUUAUUUGACAUUUAUAAGUAAAUUUUGAUUAUGAAUA